AUGGAAAUUGAUUGGCUUCUCGCUGGCGGUUUGGCUUUUGUGGUGAUGCUCACGGUGAUAUUCGUCAAGGAUUCGAUGACGCGCGCGGUGACGGCGCGGCCGGAAGCGAUUGAGAAUGAGUUCAAUCAGAAUCAGAGUGUGAAGGAGAAGGCGCCGAUGCCAUUGCCGGAGGCGAAACAACAGCGAAAACUCAAGAAGCAGAACAAAAACGUUGUUGCCACCUACACCACGACCACGAACGAGGUCUCGUCGCGAACACUUGACGAGAUUCUCCGUGAUCUCGGCGAGAAACCCGAACCGCAGACGGUUGAGAAGGGGCGGAAAGAUAAGCGAAAGAAGUCGAAGGAUCAGCCGAAGGAGCAGCAGCAGCAGCAGCAACAGUCGUCGGUCAAAGAGCAGCAGAAGGCCCAGAAGGGUAGCAAGCAGCAGGCGAAUCAGACGCAAGCUGACAAACAGUCGGCUACCCAAAAAGCAGAGCUGGGUAACAAAGAGUCGAAGAAGGAGAAGCUGCCGAGCAUUAACCAUUACGGCAUGGAGAGGGGCGACGAUGAGAAGCCCGCGGCGCCGGUUAAUGCGAAGCGCUCUUCUUCGGGCAACGCGGGCUCGUUUGAGGACGCCGAAGAGGAAUUUCUGUCGGCCGACGAGUUCAAUGAGUUGGGAUCGAAUAGUCGUUUGACGACGCCGCCGACGGAGUUUGUUGAUGCGCGCGCCGCUUGCGAUGGUCCGAACGAGUUGAUGCUCGACGGCGCGAAUUAUCGAGCCGAUGACGAGGAUGUUGAUGUGAGUGUUGUUCAGCCGACGGCGAAUGAGGAGGAUGAGUUCAUACCGGUUGGCAAGAAUAAUAGGAAGAAGGCGUUGAGCAAGGAUGAGAAGCGAGCUGGAUCGGCUAAUGAUGAUCGCGGUGCGGCGCGCCACUCGCCGCUGAGCGCCGCACAAUCGGCGCGUCGAAACAUGUCGGUGAGCGAUGAGGGACCACAUUUGGCGUCGUCGAAUCAGCCGCGUCGAUUCUCGGCUCAGCAGUCGGUGCAGUCGCAACAGCAGCAGCAGCAGCCGAAUGCGGAGAAGCGCGGCGGGCGGCCGAUGGCGUCGGCGGCGACGCUAGCCGAUUAUAUGGAAGGCACGAAGAAGGAGACGCACAAGAAUGCCAAGUACAAGCACAAACCGAGCGGUGGGUAUCAUAAGCAUCAUCAGCAUUCGCCGCAGCAGUCACACAAUUCGCAUUUGGAUGAGGCGCCGUUUGUCGAUGCCGUUGAGACGACGUCGCCGAUUUGUGUCAAUACCACGAGUCCUGCACCGGCAUUCUCGUACGCCGACGCUGCUAAGAAGUCGAGCGGCGAGAAUACGCCGCAUGAGAUGUCGCCGACGCCUCACGCGACCACAUCGACGACGGUGACGAUGCCAACGACGACGUCGCCUCACAAUUCGGCGCCGUCGGCGGCUUGCGUCGACUCGAAAUCGCAAGAGCUUUCGUUUAUCUAUGAGGAGAGUCUUGACGAGAAGAAUAAUUUGAAAAAGAGACAACAACAGCAGCAUCAAUCGCAGAAUCCGCAUCAGAACAAAAAACACUUGAAGCCGGAAGAUCUGUUCGUGCGAGUGAAUGGUCGCGAGGUACGAAUCGGCACGAGUCUUGCCAAUCAUCUGGCGAAACCCAUGGACCCUCAAAUGCAGGCGUUGUACAAUUCGCUUCGCGAUGGAUGGAAGAAGUUCAUGUCGGGCAAACCUCCUGUUGUCUACAAUCCCGACAAUUCGGAAAAACCGGCGGAAAAGCCGGACAAAUCGACGGGUCGAAAGUGA